AAGACACUACGAACGGAGAGGGAGUGAGGGAAAAACGGAGACCGCCGAUGUGCACGCUGUCCCGCGCAAAAAGGGGGUGUUGCCUCUUCAGUAUCGUAGUGAACACGUUCCGUGGCAGUAGCAGUUUCUUGCCGACGAUUUUCCGAGAACCCCGCAUGAUAUUACAUCGGGACUACUGAACCAACACGCCUGUGAUCCGUGCCGUACGACGAUCGAUUUGCCGCUAGAACACGAAAAGCAUUGAAAUCACCGAGUGCCCAGUACAAAAUGUCCGCCAGAUUAGAAUGGAUGUUGGUGAUCUUCGGCCUGGUCGUUCUCGCACAGUCAGGUUCGGCCCUACGGUGCUGGGACUGUGCUUCUAACGCGAAUGCCCUGUGUGGCGAUCCUAUGAACAUCACGGAGCACCAAGUGACCUUCCAUACUAAAGUCUGCGAAGCUGGUCUCUAUGACUCGUCGAAACCGAUAUGUCGUAAAACCGUGAGAAGAGAAAACGGCGAACGAGUAGUGAUACGUCAGUGUUCAACCCCGAACGUGGACGAGGCGGACAUCACCGAUGGUCCUUGCAGCGCAAUGGCGACUGGAGGUCGAAGUGUAGUCGAAUCCUGCCACAUUUGCAGCACCGAUCUCUGUAAUUCUGCGACAAGUGCAUCGAUCAUGCAGCCACUUUACAUCGUAGCUCUAGCCUUCGUCGGUUACCAUUUAUUCCAAUCGAAGUACAACGUCGUUUAAUCUUGCGAAAUUCUUAUGACGCAAAAAAAAGUGUAAGAAAAAAGGAAUAUAUCAUUUUAAUAUGUGAGAAAAUUAGAAGAAAAAAAGAAUACCGUAUAAGUCAACAUUCGAUCAGUAUCGUGUGAACAGCUCAUAUCGGGCGUACCGUGCCUGAUGUUGUUCUUGCCGAAUCGACCCAAUUUUAUUAAUUUUAGCAGUUAAGAAACUCGUUAUCCCAGCGAUGCGUUGCUUCCAAUUUCCGUCAUAGUAACACGUUUUAUUAAUAAUAUGGUUUCUAGACGGUCGAGGCGAACUCGUUAGCGUUUUAUUGUUAGAUACCUCGUUAGUUGCGUACCAAAUACCAUUCGACGUAAGUGUACGUUGACGUAGAUUUAUACGCUGACACGCCUAAAGCUUUACUUAAACUUAAAUUAAUCGUUUCCGCAGCGAUCUACAAUAUUCUCGUGAAAAAAAAGAAAAACGUCACUUUGAACGAGGCGAUUAUUUUUGUACUAUACGUGUAUAUGUAUAUAUAGAUUUGAUAUUUCGUGACCGUGGUAGUAUGAUAAAGAAAGAGAAACUGUUAAUUUGGAAUACGUUUUUUUGCUACCGCGCCCUCGCGUCACGGCUUACGGAAGUCUUGAUCGCAUAACUAACACGCGUCUAAUAUCGCACGCUGUUGUAGAUAGUGACCCUUUCUUUCGUUCUAGUUGCUCCUCUUUAAUCUUAGCUUUCUUAAGUGUUCGCCGUCUGAACGUUCUGUUCAGACACCGCGUCUCGAAUUACUUUUAAAAAGCAAGAAAACAAGCGGAUGAAAGUAGCUUAUCAGGUAUCCGUCCAACGCUUAGAAUGUAAUACGAAAUUUUCUUUUGCUUCACGGCCCAGCGAAAGUCUGCGUCCCGUCGAGUAACGUUUCGUUCUGUACAUUACGUUGUUUUGAAAUUCGAUCGAUUUAAAAUGUUUGUAGAUUAGGUACGAUUGCGUGCAAAAUUGUUUCGUUGCUACGUUUUUUCCCUUUAGAGUAAUGCGCAUCCUUCAUGAUAUCUAUUGUGAAAAACAUUAAAUUUACUGCAUAUCUGAAUUAAAAUGUUUCUCUUCAUA